GUGAUGGAAAGUGUGUCAUUUGUGACUCAUAUGUACGACCCUGUACUCUUGUAAGGAUUUGUGAUGAAUGCAACUAUGGAUCCUAUCAGGGACGUUGUGUCAUUUGUGGAGGUCCAGGUGUAUCUGAUGCAUACUACUGUAAAGAGUGCACAAUAAUGGAAAAAGAUGUAGGGAGUGGCAAAUGUUUCAUCUCUUGUCAAUAUGUUUGUUGUUUAUGGAUAUUUUACACAUACAAAUUGCAUCUCAUAGAUUUUUAUAUCUUUUUAUAUCUUAUUAGUCUGUUGUGUAAUUAAAAUGAGAGGGGGCUAGAGGAGGGGGGUAUAAAAAUGUAUUUUUCAUCUACUGAAAAGAUAUGUUUAAGUAUAUAUUGGAAGUUUUGUGGUUCUGUCAUCUCCCCACCUUCCUGUACCGGUAUUAAAUGUAGCACAGGCCCCACGCCUUUUUUUAAUUAAAAUGCAAAAAACCAACAAACCAUUCAUGAUGUUGUUUUUUUUUAAAAUGGCAAUACUGGUACUAUAAAACAGGGCACAUAUUAAAGAGACGUUUCAAAUUAAACUUAUUCAACCUUUAUUGCAUAAUAACUUUCUUAAAAUCUUUUCUUUUCCCCUUUGUAGUCUACCAUUUCAGCUGGCUGAAAACGCAGAAAAAAUAAUUUAAUUUCCAAGGCCUCAUUUCUGAUUUUAUAUUAGUUAAUAUGGUGCAUCAAAGGAAACCACUUUUAGUUGUCCAAAAGUUAUUCUUUUAUUGGGUUAUGUUUAAUUGUGAAAUGUAAUAACUCCAAUGGGACAAAGCUAGCACAGGUGAGCCGCUGGCAACAUAGUCCCAUAUUGUGGACCAGAGCCUCUGCCAACAUAGUCUCAUAUUGUGGACCAGAGCCGCUGCCAAAAUAGUCUCAUAUUGUGGACCAGAGCCUCUGCCAACUUAGUCUCAUAUUGUGGACCAUAGUCUCAUAUUGUGGACCAGAGCCUCUGUCAACAUAGUCUCAUAUUGUGGACCAGAGCCUCUGCCAACAUAGUCUCAUAUUGUGGACCAGAGCCUCUGCCAACAUAGUCUCAUAUUGUGGACCAGAGCCUCUGCCAACAUAGUCUCAUAUUGUGGACCAGAGCCUCUGCCAACAUAGUCUCAUAUUGUGGACCAGAGCCUCUGCCAACAUAGUCUCAUAUUGUGGACCAGAGCCUCUGCCAACAUAGUCUCAUAUUGUGGACCAGAGCCUCUGCCAACAUAGUCUCAUAUUGUGGACCAGAGCCUCUGCCAACAUAGUCUCAUAUUGUGGACCAGAGCCUCUGCCAACAUAGUCUCAUAUUGUGGACCAGAGCCUCUGCCAACAUAGUCUCAUAUUGUGGACCAGAGCCUCUGCCAACAUAGUCUCAUAUUGUGGACCAGAGCCUCUGCCAACAUAGUCUCAUAUUGUGGACCAGAGCCUCUGCCAACAUAGUCUCAUAUUGUGGACCAGAGCCUCUGCCAACAUAGUCUCAUAUUGUGGACCAGAGCCUCUGCCAACAUAGUCUCAUAUUGUGGACCAGAGCCUCUGCCAACAUAGUCUCAUAUUGUGGACCAGAGCCUCUGCCAACAUAGUCCCAUAUUGUGGACCAGAGCCUCUGCCAACUAAAAAAUAUCCAAUGUUAUCGAUGUAAUAAUAGCAGGCAAUUUGCGAUUAUUUCUACCUGCUAUUGCAAAAACUCAUUCCAAUUCCUUAUUUUAAGAAGUAACUUCGUAAUGAUGUUUACGUUUCUAACAUUAAAAUUUUUAAGAACUCGUUUUCUGCUAUAUAUUCGAAGCCUACCCAACCCCUUUUUGUACUGCUAAGCUACACUUUUUUUCUCUAAACAUGACCUUAAAUUACCAAACCUAAAAGAUCACUAAUAUUUAUACGCUAGAGAAAUACUUUAGAUGUCAUGUGUUUUUAAAUUUUAAAUUGUGAAAUGUUGGACCUACCCUGCUACAUUUCAUGGCCCUGAACUAAAAAAAAUUUCCCCUAAAAAAUUGUGGAAAAAGAAAAAUCUUGUAACCAUCAUCCCAUCUGUAAAAGCCUUUAGUGUCUUUUUUACAGAAAUGUUAUUAAUUUCAUAAUACACCCACGUUACUUUUUGCAAAGUAAAAAAUAAAAAUAUUUUAUGAAAGAAAGUCUUAACCUAUCUCUAUUUUUCAAAUAUAAAUUUUCAUGUGUGUAAAAUGAUUGGGUUUUAAUAUUCACGGGCAUACUUAUUUAAAUGUACCCAAGUUUUGUUAACGCCAUUGAUUUUCUUAAUUGUGAAAACAUAAGUUUAUUUGUUAAAAGAGAGUAAAACCUCUUUUACACAACUGUAAUAUCAUAGGAUUUAAAGGUAUUGUCAUCAUGUAAAAAUGUAAACAUCCUGUUUCAUACCCCAAAUAUUUAUAUACCGGUACUGUAACUAUGAAGGUUAAUUAAUUAUCAAGAAGGUUAAUUAAUUAUCGAAUUCAUGCCUUUAUUCUGAGGCGUAUCUUGUGCUGCUUAGGGAAAAGUGAAAGUAUAAAGAAAAAAACAAAUUCGACAAAAAAUCAUCCAUGAGAUUGUAGCCCCCUACACGCUAUUACACAUUUUUUGCACUUCGUGUGCUUUGUUCUUAUUUGUUUAGUGAUGCAUGCACUAAUGAAUCCCAUUUAGCUAUGACGUUUUGCUGAACUAAUUGACUUAAAGUAAACAGCAUAUUCUUAUUAAAAGUAUUAGUAUACUUAGCGGUUAACUUUUUAUUACCGGUAUGUUAUAAAUUUGAUAGAGAUAUAUUUUUGGAAUGCAAAAAAAAUAAUAUAUAAUCUUAUUAAAUGUUAAAAAUACAAAGCUAAAAUUUGUUGUAUUUAUUAACAAUUUAAACAGCAAUCAAGUGACGUCCGGUUGUUAAAUCAAAGAAAAGUAGAGCUUUGACUAAAAUAGGCUAUUCACGCAAGGAUGUCAUUAGUGUGCUUAUUUAAAAUAAAUUAAUUUUAAUUUUAUUUUGCAUUAUUAAGAACGCUCUAAAAGCAACAGCUGUUUGGGUUUUUCCAAUAAAUGCGAUUACGAUGUAAUUCUUCAAUAAAAAUUUUUUCAUAACCUUCAAACUCAAAUAAAAUACUUAAAAUAUUUCCUUUAAUUUUUUUUAUUUAAAUGUAUUUGUAAUUUAUAAUAAUAGUAUUUAAACAUUUACUAAAAUAAAGUGGAUAUAUUUUAUUUUUUGCGCAUUUUAAAUUUAGAUUUCCUAAAAAUAUUUGAAAAUCACUAUCAUUGUUUUUAAGAAUCCGAACAUAUUUAAAUAGUUUAUUUGGCGUUAUGCUCAGCCUAGCUCAUUCUUAUAUAUAUAGUAAGCUAUUAUAUUAAAAAGUAUAUAGUGUUUUCCCUACUUUUAGUGGGUUUUUUUCCUGAAAAAAAUGUAUGUUAUUAGACACUGUUCGUGUGAAAAUUGACAAUUUUGUAACAUCGCUUGGGCCAGCGUAUUAAAUUUUUUUACAUUUUGUCUUUUUUUUGGUGGCUAGAGUGACCCAGUCGACCAGAGUAGUUGUAAUUGUACACUAUUGUUCAUAUAUGCAGGUCCACCUUCUAAUAGCCUUUACAUCAUUUUGCAGUUGCUUCCACUUCCAGUGUCACUUAAACAAAAAAAUAGAUGUCUAAACCAAAUCUUUUUUUAAAUAAUAAGGUUUUAAUUUAUGUAUAGUAAUUAUGAAUGGGCGUUAUACUUCUGCUGAGUGUUUAGCUGUUUUUAAAUAUAAGCUAUACCAGUCUAAUCUACUGCAAUUGUUUAUAUUACACUCAAUGGUUUAAUGUCAGUUGUAUUCUGUUUUUCCAGAGAGACGGAUGUCCAAAGAUUGUCAACCUUGGUAGUGCCAAAACGGAUUUGUUUUAUGAAAGAAAGAAAUAUGGCUUCAAGAAAAGAUAGUCUUGUUUUAUUCUAUGUUUUUAGUCAUUCAUUUGUAAAAAAAAAAAAAGAAAAGAAAAAAGAAUCAUCACCCUAUUAAAACUGUAAAUAGCUGCAUUAUCUUUGCUAUAUUUUAUUCAUUUUCUUUUGGUGUUUGUUGAAGGUUUAGAUCAGGGGUAGCCAACCUAAAUAGCUCCAGGGGCCGCUUUGAUUGCAAGUCAACUCUUUGCAGGUUGCAAUCCAUUCAACCUAAUAAAGCAAAUAGAGUAAAUAGCGAAUAAAUGCUGUGCAGGUUUAUUUAUUUAUU